GUGUUCCAACUUCCAACAGGCAAAACACUUGUUUCACAUUGUUGUCUUGAUCACCUUUCCAUCUCUCCUUCAUUUUGAAGGAAGCAAAAAGAAGAAAAAAGAGUGAAGUGCCAGACAUCUCGGUUGACAGGGCCAUACAAAAAAAGAGUCGAAUCUUAUAUUUUAUUCUGUCGUUAUCUGUCGAAUAAGUUCAUUCAUGUACACUAGAUUUCUUGGCUAUGUACAGAGCUAUGGUUAACUUUGCAUAAAAAAUUCUUAUCAGACAACAAAGGGAAAAACAAAGACAGAAAGAAGAGGAAAGAAAGGAAGUGAAUGGCCAUAGAGUAUCAUUGCUGUGAAACGGGGUUCUUUAUUCGGAUCAUUAUAGUUGCUGGUCUAGUGUUGUUUGCUGGGUUGAUGUCUGGACUCACGAUGGGGCUCAUGUCUAUGAGCCUUGUUGAUCUUGAAGUUGUUGCUAGGUCUGGAACGCCUAGUGAUAGUAAACAUGCCACAAAGAUACUUCCAGUUGUUAGAAGACAGCAUUUGCUUCUGUGCUCUCUAUUAAUCUGCAAUGCUGCAGCUAUGGAGGCCCUUCCAAUCUUUCUGGACAGCUUGCUAUCAGCUUGGGGAGCUAUUCUUAUUUCAGUCACCCUGAUACUUUUGUUUGGUGAGAUUGUACCCCAAGCAGUUUGUACCCGAUAUGGUCUAGAAAUUGGUGCAAAAGCUGCUCCAUUUGUUCAAAUUCUAGUUUGGAUUUGUUUUCCGGUUGCAUAUCCAAUAAGCAAGCUAUUAGACCUUCUCCUGGGGAAAGGGCAUGAAGCUCUUUUCCGCCGUGCUGAGUUGAAAACGCUUGUUGAUUUGCAUGGUAAUGAGGCUGGCAAGGGUGGAGAAUUGACACGUGAUGAGACAACAAUCAUAGCAGGAGCACUUGAACUAAGUGAGAAAGCAGCAAUGGACGCAAUGACUCCUAUAUCUGAAACUUUUGCAAUUAAUAUCAAUGCUAAAUUGGACAGGGAUUUGAUGAAGUUAAUUCUGGAGAAAGGGCAUAGCAGGAUACCUGUUUACCAUGAGCGUUUAGAAAACAUAAUUGGACUUAUAUUGGUGAAGAACUUGUUAACCAUCCAUCCAGAAGAUGAGGUGCCUGUAAAAAACAUCACGCUUCGCAGGAUUCCAAGGGUUCCUGAGACAAUGCCUUUGUAUGACAUACUAAAUGAGUUUCAGAAAGGUCACAGCCAUAUGGCUGUUGUAAUAAAACAGAACAACAAAACAGAGCAUACAGCCAGUGAACACUCGGACAGAGAUGUUCGGUUGGACAUUGAUGGUGAAAAGCAUCCACCGGAGAAAUGUUUACCAAGCAAAAGAACGCUCAAAAAGUGGAAAAGUUUAGAUGGAAAUUCACAUAGAGCAUCAUCCAAAGGCAAGAAAUGGCCAAGGGACAUCCACUCAGAAAUCCUGCAAAUCAAUGAUGACACACUCCCUCUGACCAGUGGAGAUGGGGACGCUACUGGCAUAAUAACGCUGGAAGAUGUCAUUGAAGAGCUUUUGCAAGAGGAGAUCUUUGAUGAGACAGAUCAUCGUCAUGAGAGUUAAUGAUAUCUCCAUACAGCAUGCAAACUACAGAAAAGCAAAAACCCUACAGAAAGGAAUAAGGGUUUCCUUUUAGCAUACUGCCAAAACCUACAGAUUU